ACGUACCGGAAGUAGCCAGGGUGACAUUUAGAAGGGGACGAAACGAAGGCAUGGUUGUGCUUAUGUCGUGAGACUCAUUACCCUUCCAGUUUGUUUGUAAUUUUUUUAUAUAAAUUUAUGUGUAAGUGUACAUAUUAAAGAGCGCAAUGGCGGUGUGGAACUGUCGGUUUCUUCUCCAGCGGGGAACUCAACUCUUUUCUCUCCGAGCAGCAGCUGAAAGUCGCGUCCCUUUGUUGGGUUGUAUUAGGACCGUAAAGAACGUUACGUGGUUUGAAGAACACCUCACAGAGGACAACCAGGAGUACAUGCGGAAGAGCAUUGGAGAGGAAUACAGGACACAAACCGCUGCAAAGCUCAACCCACUCAAAGACCAGCCCUGGGAGCGUCAUGAGUGGACAGAGGGUAGUAGACGAGCUGGGUUAAUAGCCGUGAAGUUGGGGAUGGCUCCUAUCUGGACGAAAACAGGGGAAAGACAUGUAGUCACCAUGUUACAGGUGCAGGACUGCCAUGUAAUAGAGCACUUGACCAAGGAAGAGUAUGAUGGAAAAACUGCCGCCCUGGUGAUAGGAGGGAAAAACGUAUCACCAUUCCAUCGCUCUGGAGAGAGUCUGGAGAAGUUCAGGAAUGCAGGCGUGCCUCCGAAACAGAAAACAAGCAUCUUUAAAAUCUCAGACAAUGCCGCCAUCAAGCCAGGCACUCCUCUGUACGCAGCACAUUUCCGUCCUGGCCAAUACGUGGACAUCACCGCCGUAUCCAUCGGUAAGGGUUUUCAAGGCGUAAUGAAGCGAUAUGGAUUCAAAGGUCAGCCAGCCAGCCACGGCCAAACCAAAACUCAUCGCAGACCAGGAGCUUCUGGACCUGGAGGGGAUCCAGCCAAAGUUUUUAAAGGGAAAAAGAUGCCGGGCAUGAUGGGUAACAUCUUCGUCACAGCUAAGGGACUGAAGGUUUGGAGGGUCAAUACCAAAGAUAACCUGCUGUAUGUUCACGGCUCUGUCCCCGGCCACAGGGACUGCAUGUUGAAGGUAAAAGAUACUGAACUGCCAAAAAGGAAGUCCAGCAUUCUCAACCCUCCUUUCCCGACAUAUUUCACAGAAGAGGAAACCGACUUGGAUGAAGAACUGUACGACAAAGACCUGUUCGUUCACACAGACCCAUCAUUACAACUGACCUAACCACACACACACACACACACACACACACACACACACACACACACACGUGUCAUGUUUUCAAUUAAACCCACAAACUCUGUCUGGAUCCUGUAAUAAA